GUACCGGCGAUGGCAGCAGAAGCCUCAACUAUACGAGGCCCGGAGCAGCACGAGGAGAGUAUAAUGCGGGUGAGACUUCGUAAUCCACACAACCUGUGCUACAUGAAUGCUGGUACGAUUGCUAUGGUUCAUGCACUACAAGGUACUGAUGUGCCGAGAGGUCUUCAGCUCCUACAAGACAUUGUGCUGGGCGCUCAGGACACAGAGAUCACUUUGUCCACGCACUUUGGCCUGCGUAAUCUGUUUGCUGGAUGGAGUCUGGACAAUAGGCAGAGGGAUGCGGCUGAGUUCACUCAAUACGUGCUGAACAAGGCCGGUUAUGUGCCGGUAUUCUGGGAGGAGAGAGUUAUGGGUCGCGGAGUUCACAAGGUUACUGACGCUGGCGGCGGAAUGCUGUUUAUGGACCUGCCCAACUGUCAGUGUGAUCUUCAAGAGCUUGUGAGCGCGUGGUCCGACCAGGUACGGUUCCAUCAGCAAGUGCGGCUGCCUAUUUUCACGAGCGGUGUUGAUUGUCAUUGGGAAGAUUUUCACGCAGUGGCAGGUCUGGUUCACUAUGGAAACAGUCCCGACUCUGGCCACUACCGUUCGGUACUCAGAGCGGAGGGAAGCUGGUGGCUGACUGAUGACCCGUCCCCGACGCAGGGAACUAGAUCAAGAUCCUUGGAAAGGAUGGCGGACCAGCUGGACGUUGCCAUGGAGCAGGAGGAGGAAUUGAGGAUUUGGCAGGCCUUUAAGCAGGCGCCCCCCACGGAGACAACGGGAGCCGCGGAGGACGCCUUGGACAAGGACAGAUCUGCGAAAUUGCACAAACCUGAGGGCAAAGGCGACUCCAAAGGACCGGAGGCCACUGGAAGUGAGGGUGGAGGCAAAGGCGACGUGGAGGACAAGGAUGACAAGGACCAAGGCCAGGGUCACCAGGGCUCCCAUGGACGAGGACAAGGCUCCAAGGGCUAUGGUCAACAGGGAAGAGGCGGUGGUGGCAAUGGUGGAGGAGGAUACAACCAAAGGUACCGCGACCAGGGCCAGUGGGGCUCAGGAAAGUGGGGCAACUGGAAGAAGGAGGAGGAAGAUGAGCUGGGAUCCCCUGGCAGCUUGGUGCCGUCCUUGUUUGCAGCCAAAACGGCAUGGCAAAAGCUACGAGAUGAAAGCCGGGAGAAGGUGAGGCGACCCAUGCGCAACAUCCUCUUCAGCUGCCUGGUCAAGGAGAUGCACGACAGGUUGACGCUUUUGCGCAACGAUGCGCAGCGCCGAACCAGCAUGGAGAAGCUUGGAUGGUUGAAGGGCGAGGACUUUCAGCGCCUACGCUGGGACCCCAAGCUCAAGCGAAAUGUCAAGGACGAGGAAACCUCGGUGAUCUCCUACGAGGACGUGCUAACGGUGCUGCAGUCGAUGAUGCAAAGGAGCAACACGGUGGAGGCCUUGCUCCGAUUCCAUCCUACAAGUCCGCUGGCGGAGCAGAUGCAGGAAGGAACGGUGGCAUUCCUAUUGCAGUUUUCGCUGCAUAAUGAAAGCGGGCUCCAGCUGUGUGCUGACAUGACUCAGCUGUGCCACUGUGGAUCCACAAUGGUCUGUGGCAUUGAAAUCAAGAAGGAGAGGAGCAGUCGGAGCCAGCUGGCAAACCAGAUUAGCCGCCUCCUCGGCUAUAUGUAG